AGGGACUACGGGCGCGAAAUGGGGGCCCAAGGCCUGAAGCAGGCCCGAAUCCGCGUGGCUAUGGCUCGGCGAUUUGUGGUCGCUGUGACGGAGAUGCCUACCCUGCGUCAAGUCCAGUGGUUCAUCGACCAACUGGAAUUUGGACCAGCGACUACCGAUACCCAGCCGUUCUCGUUUGGUUGGGACCGGGACGGCAAGGGCAAGCCAGAUCUGAGGAACGGACACGACGAGGACCCAGUUUUCGUGGGUCUCACAACGAAGGCCUUGUUGCGCAACGCGGCUCGAGAUCCCAACUCGUUCGUGUUCCACAUGGACGGCACCUUCCAGUUGAACCAAGUGGCGUAUCCUGUCAUAAUUUGUGAUGUCUGGGAUCGCGGUCGCUCGUUCCACCUGGUUACAGUGUUUGUCGUCUCCCAGCGGCUGGAGGGGAUCUACGUCCAAGCGCUAACCGCCCUCCGAACGAUAUUACCGCGGGGACGGAACAUCAGCUGCUGCUCAAGUAUGUCAUGGCCGACGCGGAGGCUGCGCAGCUAA